GGUAUAGGAUGCUGCCAUUGGGUUAAUUGAUUUACAGUUUGACAUUAUGUCAGGUAACACUAUGAUAAUCAAGCAACCAGUUUUGAUUAUGCUCUUUUUCUUCCAUACAGAGUCAAGUGCUAGCAGAUCCCCUUAUCUGAACAUUGUGCUCCUGGGGAAGAGUGGGGUUGGGAAGAGCUCGUGUGGGAACACCAUCCUGGGGAGAGAGGCAUUUGAGACUCGUGCCUCCUCAUCCUCCGACCCUUUAACGCUGGGAAGUGAAAUGUCCAGUGGCCAUGUCAGAGGCAAACGUUUGGUCGUCAUCGACACCCCUGAUCUGUUUGGCUCCCAACUCACCCAUGAUGACUUGCAGAAAGAGAUUGCAACCAUUACCUCUCUGUCCUCCUCUGGUCCCUGUGUGUUCCUGUUGGUGAUCACGCUAAGGGAAGUAGGCCCUGACCUUGAGGGAAUGCUUGCUAUUAUCCAGGAAGCUUUUGGUGAGAAGGCAGUAGACUCCACUAUGGCUCUAAUCACCCUUAGUGGCGUGGAUGAGAAGAAUAUCAGCUUGAUAACCAAGAGAGCCAGUAAAAGGCUUCCUAAGCCACUGAGAGAUAAGUUUGUCGUGUUGUUUAGGGAUAACCGGCAAGAUCAAGUUAGCAAUCUACUGGAAAAUAUUGAGGCAAUGUUAGAGAAAAACAAAAGCUUCUGUGAGACAGCCAAUGAAAAGCCACCUGUAAAACCAAAAUCCCAGGUAGUGAAGCUGUUCCAAGCAAUGAAGACAGAGCUAGAGGACGGACCGAAACAAGAGAGGGAGAGCAGGGGAAACAUCUGGAAGGAAGAAGAAGGAGAGAUACGAUGUCUUCAAUUCUACAGAUGGCUUCAAAAAGACAACACGCAGAGAGUGGACUGCGUGAGACUGGUCCUGAUUGGGAAGACUGGAGUUGGAAAGAGUGUCACAGGAAACACCAUCCUUGGAAAAAAAGAAUUUAAGUCCUCUUGUUUGUCAGGGUCUAUCACAAAAAAAUGUAAGAAAAGAAUUGGAUGGAUUGGUCCCAGACUGGUGCAGGUUGUUGACACCCCAGGUCUGUUUGACACGGCUGUCUCCAAUGAGAAGAUCAGAGAGGAGAUUGGGAAAUGCAUCACCAUGUCCUCACCAGGGCCUCAUGUGUUCCUGUUGAUGCUCUCUGUGGGACGCUUCACUCAAGAGGAGAGAGAGACGGUGAAGAUGAUCCAGGAGAUCUUUGGCAGGUACUCCAAAGCAUACACAAUGGUCGGCUUCACUAGAGGUGAAGAGCUGAGGGAAGAUGGCAUUGCCAUUGAGAAGUACAUUGAAAAAAGCCCACCUGCCUUGAAGGAACUGAUUGAAUACUGUGGAGGUCGAUACCAUGUUUUCUGCAAUAAGGACAAAGACACACAGGCACAACAGGUCAGAUCUCUCCUGGAAAAGAUUGAUAGAAUGAUUCGGCAAAAUGGAGGAAGCUUCUACACCACUGCCAUGUUUGAGGCGACAGAAGAGAGGAUUAGAGCAAGAGAGAUGAGACUCCUACAGCAAAGACUGGACGAACUGGAGCAAGCAAACAAAAAUGAAGAUGUCUCUUUUUUAGACAGUGAAAUAUCCAAGAUGAAGUUGUCUCUGGAGAAGAAGUUCAGGAACCUGCGUGGCGAAACUGUCAAGGAGAGGGAUGAAGACAUGAAGAGACUUGAAGAGGCGAAGAAGAACUAUGAGAAGAGGAUCAAUGAAUUAGAUCACAAAAUGUUGACUGAGCUCGCUAAAAGUCGGGAUAGUAUUCGCAAGCGAGCUGAGAAAGCUGAGGCUAAAGCCAUGGCUAAGAGCUUACAACACAAACAGCAGAAAUGCACGAUAUCUUAA